AUGUCCUCCCAAUUUUUGCAAACUGAAAUUACCAACCUGAUCCAGGAGUCCCGAAGAAAAAACACUGAUCUCCGGAAUGCCGCCGAACAGUCGCUGAAUGAGCUCAAGGCUCUGCCAUCAACAUCCGAGGCACAGAUUGCAGCUGACCUUGUUCGCAAACCCAAGUUUGUCGAGCCUUUUAUCAUUGCAUGCCAUACUAAGCACGCGAAGCUUGCCGGUAUUGGUGUUAUCUGCCUACAGAGACUCAUUGCGUCUCGUUCAUUGCCUUCAAUUCGUCUUAAAGAUGUCCUCGGAGGGUUGAGGGAGACAACGAGCUUAAGCCUCGAUAUUCAACUGAAGAUUCUGCAGUCUUUACCUUCUCUCCUGCAGUACUAUUCCAAUGACCUGAGUGGGGAACUUCUCGCGAAUACAUUGGAAAUUUGUGCCACAUUACAAGCGAGCAAAACAAUUGCAGUUUCCAGUACUGCUGCGGCCACCCUUCAGCAACUAGUGGUGUCGACUUUUGAAAGAGUCUCGAGUGAAGACAAGCUCCCCAAUGAUGCAAAGAUCACCACAACCAUUAAAGUAGAUGGCCAGUCGAUCGAUGUCGGCAUUUUCGGCUAUGAUGCAUUACAGGUAUUGGAUGAUCUCUGCCGUUUAAUUGAUGGAGAGCAACUGCAAUUUUUGCGCACCCGAACCCUGUCUCCGCCUUUUGUACUGGAGCUCAUCGAGAGCAUUCUCCUGAACAGUGGUCGCCUCUUUGUUGGACAUCCCGAACUUUCGCAAGUGCUGCGUGUUCGGUUAUUGCCAUUGGCUGUCCGUUGCCUAUCCGAGAGAUAUUCAUUUGCCCAGACUGUCCGGGUGGCCAGAAUACUUCUCCUACUUCUUAAGCGGCACAUGUCGCUUUUAACCGCAGAAUGUGAGAUGGCUUUGAGCCUGAUCACUCAUCUUCUUGAACCGGAUGGAACGGCUCCCUGGAAGCGACUUCUGUGUAUGGAGGUCUUCCGAGGAUUGUACUCGGAGCCAGGAGCUGUGCGACUCAUCUACACACUCUACGAUGGAGAAGAAGGUAGAAAGAACAUUCUCCGCGAUCAUAUGGCCGCGCUCGUCCGGCUGGCUUCAGAAAAACCCGCAUUGAUUGGAGUCAGCAAUCAAUCAACAGUACCUUCGCGUGCAGACCAUAAUAGAUCAAUCACCGAGGAUCAGAUAACCCUCGAAACCGGUGGUGUUGCUGGUGUCAUUGGGUCAACUGUUCCUCCUAGCGAGACAAAGGUACCUGGGAUCAGCACCCAGUGGAGUAUUGUUCGGACGCCGUAUAUCGAGCUUCUUGAUAAGACAGAUCCGCCUCCCCCUCCGGAUACCUACAUUUACAGUCUUGUUCUUAACUGUAUCAGCAAUUUUGCGGAAGGGCUUGCCAAGUUCAUUCUUCCCCUUACAGUCCCGGAUCUAAAGCAAAGACGCAAGAACCGACUUCUGAGCCCCACUGAAGGCCCUGACUCCGCCCGAUCUUCGCAUGAAUUCACAACAGGAGAAAGCUUGCGAGCACAGUCCACCUCACCUACGAAGAGGUCGCAUGUUCCAAUCAACCCUUUGGAGUUGCAGUCUCAUAUUCAAUACUCCGCAAUCAAGACUUGUGCAGGGAUUAUAGAAAAUUGCUGGCCGGCUGUCCUCGCGGCAUGCUCUACUUUCUUGCGCGCAUCACUAGAUGACGAGUACUACCACAAUCUCGUUCGCGCCUUCCAGAAGCUGGCUCACGUGGCGGGCCUUAUGAGACUAUCAGUGCCACGAGAUGCCUUUUUAACCACCCUUGGAAAGGCCGCGAUGCCUGCAAGUGGUGGUGGCCACAAGUCACAAAAUUCAAUUUCUACCGGCCCUCAACAGAUUGAUUCGCCUCAAAAGAAACGAAAAAGCCUUGACAUGGCACGCUCUGGCUCCAUGGAUGCCACAGGAGCAGGUGCCAGCGACGGUCGUCCCGUGUCCCUGAGCACACGAAACCUGCUUUGCCUGCGGGCAUUGCUCAAUCUCGGAAUUGCUUUGGGACCCACCUUAGAUCAGCCGGCCUGGUCCAUUGUUUUUGAGACACUUCAAUACACUGGACUUGUGAUUGGGAUGUCUUCCAGUGCAAUGGUCAAAUCUGCCAGUGGCGGAGAGACCUCGGCAGUCCCAGGAAAUGACGUCCCAACAGCUAAUCUGGGGACCGAGGUGAUUGCCGUACAGGCUGCUUCUAGCAAGCUGCUUGAAAGCACCAGCGAUUUCCCGAGUGCAUCCUUCGAGGAAAUCUUACUUGCUCUGUUGAACCUGUCGGCAUUUACAGAGCAGCGCCACCAUGAAGAUCCCGCAACGCAAGUAUCACAAAUCCCCAGCUCGCCGCAGUCGUCCAAAGGACCUGGGCGCCUGCACCAAGGUUCUCGACGUGUGUCGCACACUGUGGGAAAAUCAAGAAUGCAAGACGAGGAGCUGAAGUUCGUGCUGGAGAAAGGGAAUGAACUAGCCAGGGCAAAUCUCUCGAGACUAUGUUCGCUUGACGAAGAUGACAACAAAGCCUGGCGGCUUCUGACACAAAGUUUCAUUGCUGCAUCCACCAAUACUGCUAUCAGCCCCAAUCUCCGCCUACAGGCAAAUGCAAUUGUGACUUCGCUUGUCUAUCUGACAAUGAAACAGAGAGACGAAGACGACGAGAAAGUCUACAAUCAGGUCCAGACCAGGAAUUUGCAGACAUUGAAGGACCAAGUGACCUCACUCUACUCCUCAGACAUGCACACGUCCAAGUCUUUGCCAAUCACGAUUAUUGAAAUCCAUGAGCAGAGCUUGGAGGUGUUGAGGAACAUCUUGGAACAGUAUGCUGAAACUUUGGUGGAUGGAUGGCAUUUGAUCUUUGAUAUGAUAUCGGGUGUCUUCCAAAAUCUUCCGCAACCUGAAGCUGGUGAGCAACCUUCCACAAGGCUAGAGCGCAGGGCAUCAGGUCUUCCAGCCGGCCCUCGUCUAGUCAGAGCUGCCUACAAGUCACUGCAUCUCGUUGCCUCCGACUUCCUUUCUCUGCUUCCGGCACCGUGUCUCUACAGUUUAGUGAACGCAUUUUCCAGCUUUGCAUCACAGACUCAGGACUUCAACAUCUCCCUUACCACUACCUCUUUCUUCUGGAACGUCUCGGACUUCCUGCAGGGCCAGAUCGCGGAGUUCUCCAUUGGCCAUGUUGAUGCUUCCGUUAAUGAAGAACAGUUAGCCAAAUUAGCCCGGGAUCAGGACCCUGCUGUCUCCCGGAACUCUCUUUGGCUGUUGUUGUUGCUUCGCAUUGUUGAUAUCACAACAGACAGCCGACCAGAGAUCCGAAACAGCGCAGUGCACACCCUUUUGCGGAUUUUCGAUGCCUACGGACAACAGCUCUUACCUAAAGCGUGGCGUCUCUGCUUGAACAUGGUUCUUUUCAAAAUGGUUGAGAGCAUCCAGGCAACAGUGAUCCAGGCCAAGAAUAAGCAGAGCAGUACGAAAUCAGAUGAUUUCAAGUCAUGGGUUGACACAACAGUUGUAAUGAUCAAAGGAUCAUCGAGUCUGAUCACAAACUUCUUUGAAACGCUCGUGCAGGACGAGAAGUUUGACCAGUCUUGGAAACGGUUCCUAAAGUACUUGCAAGGUUUGGUUGACUUGCAAAUCCCGGAGUUCAGCGAAGCCACAUUCUCUGGCCUUUCAGCGAUCCUGCUUCGGGUGAAAAAUGCCGGCGAGCUUAGCAACGAUGCGCUCGAGUGUGCAUGGCUUCUUUGGGCCGAUGGCCAUCCGGCUGCCGACGAAAAUGUGCUUGAUCUGGAACAAUCCAAUCAAGAUGCCGCACUGGCGUACCUUCAAACAUUCCAGCAAAUUUACCACCUCUACAGAGACCAAUUGACCACGGAACACAUUGAAAAGGUGCUUGCCCACUUCCGCCUACUUGUGUGGAACUCGAUCUCACCGCGCUACACUUUGGACAUCGACCGACCUUCAGCCGUGCAAGCGCUCGUCAUUAAUUGCAUCAAAAGUCUAUGCCUAGAGAAAGAGGACUCUCAGCCAGUCAUUCUCUUGUGCCUCGCCGAACUAUCCGAUUCACCCCUCUCAAAAUGGAGCCCCGGCAACGAUACCAGGAAACCUGCCUUUGUAGCAUUCUCCAAGAACAUCAUCGACCUAAUGGGCUGGUAUGUCGCCGAAUUCGGCAUCAAACGAGACGUCUUCACAAAUGGCGCACUCGCAACGGCACUCAAGCACCUCAGCGCUCUGAUCAGCCAAAAAUACACAUGGCAAGGAAAAGACCGCGAGCCCUACCUCUGGCAAAAAGCAACAACGGCCUCCCUAAACAUCCUCCAAGUAGCAGUGCCCUACGUGGAAAAGCAAUACAAACCAACCAACAAAACCGAAACAGCCGACUUCUGGCACCGCAUCGUCGAAACCACAAACGGAAUCGUCUCCGCCCACGGCUACCAAGCCCAGAACCUCCAAAAAGCAAGAAUAACAACAGACGAAUCCUUCGACAUAACCUCAUUCACCCGCCUAAAAACCCUCAUCCUCCCCUCCCUCGGCAACAAAGCAAUCAAAGACUCCAUCCGCCGAGACUUUGCCCGAGCCCUCUUCAACUCGUCCUUCAUCUACGCCCCCCUCCGUUUCGACAUCUCAACCAAACUCAACGACACCCAAAGUGGAAGAGAAACGCAAAACCCUUUGGUAAACUUCUACACCGUCCGCCCAGGCCGAACCUUUGACCCCCUCCCAACCCUCCGCCCAAACAUGGCCUACAGUCUAAUCGACUCACUCUUCGAACUAGCCGCUCACCCACAAGGACAAAAUGCAGAUGCAGAAGCAGAAACCCUCCUCGCACGCGCUAUCUCUCCAUACCUCCUCCUCCGCACUGCUGUCUCGCUUAAAUCUUACAUCGCAGACCAGCCACUGCGAGGUCUAAUGCCGCAGCCUACGCCUGCGCGUAAGGCUUUGUUACAUCUUCUUGUGAAGUUGGCUGAGUUGGAGAGUGAGCCUUCUGCUAUUCCUGAUCCGCCGGCGUUGAGGACUCUUUCGGUUGGCGGUGGUGACGCUGGUGGUCAUUGUCGGAAGCAUCUGGAGUGGGUUUAUCCCCUUGUUGUUAGGGCUGUGCAGGUUGCUGGGAAGGAGAGGGAUGAUGGGCUGGUUUUGGGGGCUUUGGGGAGGGUUUUGGAGUGUGUUCAGGGGUAG